AUGGAAACCUCAUCAGUACUCGACAGCGACAUUCAAUUCGUGUCUCCAACAAGUGUUCUAAAGACAGAUGGCAUUGUGCAGAUCAGCAAUGACCUUUCAAGUUUUACUUUGAAAAAUCUAGGAUCUGGUUCAAACGCGGAACUUGUCCUGGACUAUGGCCGUUGUGAAGGCGGUUUCCCCAUUUUUUCCAUUAUUUCCGCAUCAGCACCAAAAGGCCAGCAACAAAUCGCAUUCCAAGUCACUUACAGUGAAACUAUUGAGGGAAUUGAUAAUGAGAAUGGCGAUGGUCCAUUUUUCCUUUUCUCAAACGCUAUGGAUAGCUACAGAGUUUGUCACCACCACGCCGACGCCACCAACGAUACUCAGACCAUAAAAUCGAGAUUCACUCAAGCAUCACAGAGGUAUGAGAAGAUUACUUUGAUAGAACCAAACACCACCAUCGUGUUUUCCGAAAUUGGCUUUCAACCUUCCCGUCCACCAGCUUCGGUGCAGGCUACAUUCCACUCCUCCAAUGAAACCGUCAAUCAAAUUUGGAGAGAUGGAGUUCGCACAGUCGACAUGUGUACGGUGGCUCAGGGGGAGACAGUACCGGCCUGGGAAAUUGUCAACCAGGGAACUCGUGUCUAUGGUGGCCACUGGGCCCCGUGUAGGCAGGGAACAAGGUGGUCCGAUACCAGAACCACAUUCUACACAAAAGUUGAAAAAUACGGAGCUAGUUGGGCUGUACGUAUGAUUACUAACGGGCUCAUCUUUUGCUUGGACAUCAGAAGCAAAAAGUUGUCAGUCGUCGAGGGGCUAUCAAACCAAUCAUCUAUCAUGCCUUCCGUCGAAAGAGGAUCAUGGCAGUUGCCAGAAAGCUUAGAUCUAUCUAGCUGGCUGAUCAUUGAGACUCUGACGGUUGGGAACCAGGUAACUAUUACUAUUGAAGGUCAUGAGUUAGCCACAGUCACAGACAUCCACGUCAAGGCUAUGUUGGGCGACAACCUAGUCAACACGGGCUCUGUGGCAUUUGGUGGCCCACCUGGAUGGAUCGCACUGUACCGCGACUUGUCGGUCAAAUCUCUCGACAAUGAGAUUCUUUACCAAAACAAUUUUCUGCAACAAAAUUCUGAACGAACAUACGCCGAUUUCCAAGUCGGAACAAACCAAUUCCCCUGCAUUAUUGACGGAGCGAAGCGAGAUAGAGCUUCUUUUGGUGGCGAUGCUUUUGUUACUGGACGGUCUAUUGCAUACUCCACUACCGACUUCCAAGCAUGGAAAGGAACGAUUCAGCUCUUGAUCAGUCACCAGACCAAAGAUGGUUACCUUGGAAAUCUCUGCCCUAUACAGGCUCCAAGUCAUGAUGGCGAAGAUGAGCCCCCAUGCUAUGGUCACUACUCCCUGACAUAUGCGUUGCUUCUCGUAGUAUCUGUCAAGGAUUUCUGGUUGCACUCAGGCGAUCGAGCGCUUGUGGAAACGUCAUGGCAUCAACUUGAACGUCACAUGAAGUUUACAAGGCAGUUUUUGAACCACGACGGAUUGAUCGAGGCCCCGCCAUAUCUUUCAAGUAAGUUGAGACGGCCACGAUAUCGUUAUCUUUGGGUACUAAUGAUGGAAGUGACGUGGUUUCCCAUGGGGGGACCUGUCUUUGGUGUAUCCGCAGGAUUAAACCUUGCUUAUUACGAUGCACUGAAAGCUAUGGCAUUGAUGUCAUCAGAGAAGGACAUGGUAACUCAGUAUAACUCGCAGGCAUCUAUCUUGAAGGAAUCAUUGGUUCGUGGCCUUUGGAACAAUAAACAAGGCACAAUGCGUCCAGCUCCAUCUUUGGCUGCCGAUGGAGUUUUCCAAGACGUGAAUGCUUACGCGGCUUCAUUGGGUAUUUGUCCAGAGCAUUCCGAAGCUGUAGAGGGCAUAUUUCCAUCUCAUGCGAGUUUGCCAGUGUCCUUUCGAGGUAUCGACAGGUGGGACGAUUUUCAGUUGACCAGUCCCUACGCUUCGGGAUUUGCACUUGAGGGUCUUUUUGCCAAGGGCGAAGGUAUAAAGGCCAUGGACUUGCUGUUUCAGGUAUGGGGUACAAUGGCCAACCAAGACAGUCCCAACUACUCGGGAGCUCACUGGGAAGCCAUGAGAUCAGAUGGUACGCCGUAUAACCAUGACGUAUCUUUGGUUCAUGGAUGGUCGACUUGGCCUGUCUUUCUCCUUCCUAGGUAUCUUGCUGGAGUUUAUCCUCUCGAGGCUGGUUGGAAACGUAUUGGGGUUGAGCCCGUCUUUACGGAUAUAGAGGAAGUGGGUUAUACGCUUGAAACUCCACAAGGAUGUCUUUCAGUCAAGGUAUACGCAAGGGCGAAGCAGGACACUGCAAUAAUUCAUAUAUUGGUGCCUCACGGUAUCACGACUGUAGUGAAGGCCCCCAGAGGCUGGUCACUCGCCCAACAAGGUAUCUUUCAAGGGGACGGGACAGAAGUCUCGUUCACAUUCUCAAGAGAGGAUAGAUAA